CCAUAUUCUGCUCUAUCGCACCAAGCUGCGACGGAAUUCGAACGUCCUGGUCAUCGUCUAACUAUCAUUCCCAAACCCGGUCGCCGCAACUGUUUGCCUUUGCAAGAAAUUGAUGUCUACUCCAUGCUGAUCGGGGUUACCGCUGGCAGUGGACACUAGCCACAGUGUCCUGGGUAGAAUUAUCUUAAAGGUGUUCCCCCGGCAGAACUGGCAGGACUCAGUAGAAUAUGGCAGGUGGUAGAAUCAAGGAAAAUUUUUGAUGACUCAAUAGCAACCUCGGAUUUCGCGCUCUUGCAUUGUAGUUCCAUGUCCGUUAUCUCGCGCCUAGUGCUGCUGGCACUAGUCCCUCAACGCGCGGUGGUUUCGCAAAGUCGCAUGCUCUCCCAUGCACAUGCAGGCAAGGAGAAUAUUAAUUUUACGUUAGAAAGCGAUACCGGGUGUCCGUUUGAAAUACAAUCAGGGCUCUGUCGUCCGGCGUCGACUAUUGCUCCUGCACUUCAAUACCUUGUUUCUAUAGGCACUGAUUUCGACGCUGUACCACAUGAUGAGCCGAAUAUCUGAGCCUUACACAGCACUAGCACUCGCCGUUCUCCAAGGGACAGUCACAGUGGUGCCUCGGAGUCCUUGCAUUUCAAUACCAACGUACGACGGACAAGUGGCGUCUAGAAAUGGCAAACGGACUCGGCAAAAUUAUAAACGUCGUAAUUGCCGAUUUUCAUACGAUCUUGGCACACGAGCUUAACACGAAUUGAGACAGUGCUAGCAACGGCCAGCGCAGCUUUAUCAUCUUCCAGCAACUCUGCUUCAUUCUGUAGAAAUUACAUCAUUAAAGCGGUUUAGUAUUUUUACAGAUUGACUCGGUUUCGUUUUUUUUUUCACACUCCGGGUCAUGGCAGAGUAGAAUUAAUGGGUGGGACUCGGGAUGAACCACAGGCUCUCUACAAUGUCCAAGUCUGGAGGCCAACUUCCCAAUCCCCUUGUCGAAAGGAGGUCCAUAAAGCCAGCUUUAAGUUUCAGAGGUUGCCAAGCUUUUUGUUCCACCAAAUCACUCAUCACGGGGAAAUAAUUAAUGCGCGGAUAAUACUCAUUUGCUUUGGACCGGGAUAUGCAUCAUGAUGGGACGGAAGAGUGGUAGACGAGAUAAUGAUCACGGAAACACGAUGCAAGGACUCUCAUGUCGAAAUAGCACGCCUUAAGUGUCCUUGAUGCUGUGGUAACCAUGCUCUUCCAGUUCUGCCCCACGACACUAUAAUGGCAACAGUAACACGACCUUUGUCCUCCAGAUUUUAAGAAGGAUAUGAUUCUGCUCGUGACCG